CGUUCGGAUCCGACCUGAAUACAGGAGAGAACCUGAUUCUGCAACUUUGGAUGGCCUUAUUGCUGACACCACCUGCCAUUUUCUCUCUCGCAAAGCUCUCCUCAAAGUCCUCCAGAAUGGCUCUAAACCGAACUUCCUCCAAUCCUCCGAAUUUCACCACAGAUGGGAAAAGGAAGCUCCCCAUAUUGCUCUUUGACAUCAUGGACACCGUUGUUCGUGACCCUUUUUACCAGGACGUUCCUGCCUUCUUUGGAAUGUCUUUGAAGGAACUAAUAGAAUGCAAGCACCCGACAGCAUGGAUGGAGUUUGAAAAUGGGAUGAUUAAUGAGUAUUAGGCUGGAGUUUCUUUUUCUGUUUCUUCAGUAGAUUGCUGCUGCUUUUUUCAAAAGGAAGUUAUGCUUCCUGUUAAAUAACAUUUAGCAGUUUACUCAUUGACACCAUUCAGUUCUCUGUGUUUGAUCUCUACCAUCAUUUCCUCCAGUCCAUCUGCAAGAGGACCAUUAUUUCCGUCACUUUUACCCUGCUCUAUAUUUUCAAAGUUGCACAUUUUUUUACCAUUGCUAUGUGCCUGUCUCUUAUACACCUCUCCCACCUUUUUUUUUGUAUGAUUUAUGAACCUAUGAAAUUCAUAUAUAAGCAAUAACCAAUCUGUCUUUCACGCUUAUGCAUGCUUGGUUGCUUACAUGCACAUUUACCUCUCUGUCUCGUCACUGUUGCAUUGCAUGAUAAACAAUGCUAAUUUGA